GUCAAGUUCUCAGAGUUUUCUAAGAAGUGCUCAGAGAGGUGGAAGACCAUGUGUGCUAAAGAGAAAGGAAAAUUUGAAGACAUGGCAAAGGUAGACAAGCCCCGUUAUGAAAGAGAAAUGAAAACUUAUAUCCCUCCUAAAGGGGAAACAAAAAAGAAGUUCAAGGAUCCCAGUGCACCCAAGAGGCCUCCUUCAGCCUUUUUCUUGUUCUGUUCUGAGUAUGGCCCCAAAAUCAAAGGAGAACAUCCCAGACUAUCCACUGGCAAUGUAAAGAAACUGGGAGAGAUGUGGAACCGCACUGCUGCAGAUAAUAAGCACCCCUAUGAAAAGAAGGCUGCUCAGCUGAAGGAUAAAUAUGAAAAGGAUACUGCCACAUACUGAGCUGAAAGAAAGCCUGAUGCAGCAUAAAAGGGAGUUGUCAAGGCUGAAAAAAGCAAGAAAAAGAAGGGAGAGGAGGACGAAGAGGAUGAGGAUGAGGAGGAAGAAGAUGACGAAGAGGAAGACAAUGAUGAUGAAUAA